AUGUCGGAGCUGGAUGAUCUCGCCGUCUCAAACUUCCGCACCUAUUUACGCUUCAAGACUGUCCAACCCGAUCCCGACUACUCAGAGGCUGUUGAAUGGCUUCGACAACAGGGUAGCGCUAUGGGCCUCGUCUGCAAGUUGAGUGAGCCAUGUCCAGGGAAUCCGAUACUGGUGAUGUGCUGGGAGGGUAGUCGACCAGAGUUACCAUCUAUUCUCCUGAAUUCACACAUGGAUGUCGUCCCAGUAGAGACCGGCUGGACACAUGAUCCUUUCGCAGCCGACAUGGACGAGGAAGGGCGUAUAUACGCACGAGGUGCUCAGGUUAGCAUAGUCUUGCAUAUCUCUUUUCUGAUGUUUGGCUGCACUUUAUCCUCUGCCAAGCCAGAAAAUUCUGCCAAGUUCUUGUCUCCUUCGAUCUUCGACCAUAUCCUUAUUCCUUGCUGACAUCAACCAAUGUGCCACAUAGAUUUCUCAUCUCAUAUCAUGGUGGCCGUGGUGGUGGUGGUGGUGGUGGCUGCGGCGGCGGCGGCGGCGGCGGCAACGGUGGUAGUAGUCCAACACCCCUUUGUAUAUGCCCGAUCGCAACCGACAGGACAACGAGCCCCUAGCUCAGUGGUUAGGGACGUUGGACUUCAAACCGACAGGUCGCGAGAUCGAGCCCCAGGUGUUCCACGCUUCGGGGGUUGGGCAUGACUGGCUGACAAUGGCUAAUAAGCCAGAAAUGGCCACUGCAGUCUCCCUUGUCUUCGUCGCUAAUAGCAUUCUACCUAUAUCAUGCGCUGCUGUGCGGCUGCUGGUUGGGUUCGAGAGAGAGUCUCAAGGCACAACGAGACGAGCGAGUUCCGCAAGAAUGAUCGGUGAGCGCCCCCUACCAUUAUAAACAAAUAUGCAUGCCAAACUUUCCUGUCUCAACUGGUCGUCGAACCUGAUGCUAUCAUUCUGCCGGUGUCCAGUUAUGGUAACUGACGGAGUAUGUCCUCGGCUGCAUGUUAUUGCUAAUUCAGUCGACCUGUCUAAGAAAGCUGCGAAAACGUGAGUACUCUCCAACUGCAUCCCCGACCAUGAGAAAGCAGGUCUCGUGUGUAGGCACUGUCAGCCUGAAGAAGUAGACUGUUCCAAAUAUCUUUGGGCAAAGGAUCUGCCAAAUUGACAGAGUAAGUACAAUAUUGUCGAUCGAAUCGGCACUGUUCCCAAUGUAAGCCAUCUGACGCCUACUAUAUCGCGCAGUCACUAGUUUGUUUGCGAAUGUUAUUAGGACUCCGUUUUUGAUAGGGUUCUUGCGUGUGCUUAUGCAUAUGUCAAUAUUACGAGUAGCAAAACACACCACCUCAGUUUGAAACGGGGAACAAGGAAGUCAGCACAAAAUGUGAUAUUAAAACUUUAGUUGAAAAUGAAGUAGAAAAAUACGAUCUCGCCGGCCCAUGCAUGUUUUCCUAAAGGCAUUAGGGCUGUGUAUUGACAAGCAAACACGUUUGAUUAACCGUCUUUCCAGCGCGGUCAUGUUCCGUGAUCAUCGGUUAAGCCCCCCAAGGCAGUUGUUCCGUCGUUGUUCCUUCCUCGAGCGUCGAAAACCAUCAGACCGAGUAUCCUUUCCGUGCCUGACUUCAGAACAUAAUCUCCACGAUUUUAGCUGGUUAUCACGAAUGCUCGCCCAUUUGGACAGACGUCGUGGAGGAGCUCUCCUGCUGGUCGGCGGCCUCUGACACUAUCGUGAAGUAUUCCCGAUCGACGUUUAAAUUUAUCGCUUCGAGACGUGCUUCAUUAGCCAUGACCCUUAUGUUUUCUGGUGACAGCCGCUGUCGUACACCUUUAUCUCCUUCAGUUCACCGUAACAGCUGUGGCCGAGAAGCAUCAUACCCUAGCCCAUAUGCCUAAGUCUUUGUUCUCUAUUGGAUCGCCUUAUGGUGAGAACAUAUGCGGUUUUUUGAAUGCGGCGGCCUAGCUUUGUCGGUAGUUCAGAGGAGCCGUCGCAGUGACUUAUGAGAACUGGGUUUAUCAGUUUUCCAAAGCUAACUGUCCCUAAGAUUAUCGCACGUACCUACCCCUAAAACACUUCCUCUUACUCUUGACGUCAAUAUUCAGCCAUCUAGAGCGAAGCGGUUGAUAAUACUAUCCUCUGGUUGUUGAAUUUUGGCAUGGAAUUCAGUGUUUAUUUGGUUUUCGUGUAAUUCUAGUACUGAAGGUCUCCCUGGUGUUUCUUCUCUUAUCAACUGCACUGCAGGACAUGAAGAGCGUUGGAAUACAACAACUGGAAGCAGUACGGCGCCUAAAAUUGGGCGGUUUUACGCCUGUUCGGACAAUCUACCUCAGUUUUGUGCCGGAUGAGGAACGCGGGGGUACAUUGGGUAUGCGACCGUUCGUCGAAGGUCGCGUGCCCAUCCAUCCCGGUGCACGCGAUGAAAUCCGCUUUGCCGACAUGAACGUGGGCUUUUGUUUGGACGAGGGUAUCCCCAGUCCCACAGAGGACUAUAUCGCCUUCUACGAGGAGCGUUCGCCCUGGUGGCUUCGCAUUGUCUGUCAUGGCACUGCCGGCCAUGGAUCCAUCUUUUUGGAAGACACUGCCUUUGAAAAACUCCACUUUAUGCUCACAAAGUCAGUUUACUUUUGUAUAUGUUCAUGUGAUAUUACCUUGUUUUCCGGGACACUUGUGGUGUCCGAGCAGAUGCUAUACCUUACACAGCUGACAGGUCGUUCCAUGGGCCCUGGUUACACAUGGUGAUCGUUUCGGCCGGUCCCCUCUGGGCACCCAGCUCUCCUAGGCGGCUCCACAAUACUGUUCCGCACUGCUGCCCCAUCCCGGUAGGUAAAUCGGCUGACGGUAGUUGGUGGCGUUUACUGUACACGGCGAGGGGCAGUAAAGAUGUAGCAGUCGUGCCGUAAAAUUUGACUUAGUCGGCCAAAGCUCUCCCGAAACCCACCGUAACCCGACUCUCAAAUUCCCUCGGAUAUACCAUUAACAACCGCAUAGGCUACCCCGGCUAAUUCGGGUCGCCUUCCCAUUGAAAGGGAUUGGGGAGCUGCAGCGGAACCCGUCAGCCGCCUGUAAUGUCAAACGGUUCCCUUCAGAGAAGUACCACCUACUGUAGCACGGCAUUGGCGAUUGGCAAAUGUUGGGACUCGCGUCGUCUGCAAGCCGAACGCGACUCGUGGAUGCCAAACACACGGUCCACAUUACACGCCCCCCUACCCUUUCCACCACAGCAAACACAUUCAUUCUGGUAUCCUGAAAUGUCCAUUCUCUACUAGAUACUCCGAUGGUCAACCGGCCGGAGAAGAUAACUGUUCCGAGUAGGCGAGAACUAGCUCGUAUCAACUUGAACAUCGCCACGCUACACAUGAUCCUUUUUUCGGAACAGAUGAUGAACUGGUUGUUUCAUAAAACCGUUAUUGCUUGUAACCUUACUAGGAGCUCCUCUGCUGCGUGUGAGGUUCGGGUGUUCUAUUCCCUUGUGUAUGCAAUCCUGGUAUGCGUUUGGGGGGCCAGAUCAUGCAUGUGGCGCGCGCAAACGGGCUCUCUAGCCCUGUCAGCCAUUGCGCCCACUUGCGGUAUCAGACGUCUGACUGGCUCGGACAGUGGACUGGUGCAUGGGGAUGGGAAAAGGAAGUGAGGUCGACGUCUCAGCGCACGGUCCUCACUAUUAACAAUCUGACACGCUCUAGACUAUCUCGGUGUGCUAAAAGUCGUGGCUUGGAAGGUUGCCAACUGACGGGAUAACUUUGAUCUUUCAGUCAACCCAAUGUGUGUCUGUGUAGAGUGGCGGACUGGUGGACUGAAAGUCAGGCUGCAAUGGCUCCUUAAUGUGGCCUCUAUGGCACUCCCACUCCGGGGUAUCCGAACCGGGUGGUGCGGCCCCGGCCGUGCCAGCCACCUGCGCUCUCUCCCACCUCCUUUGGUUAUGACAUCGAGCCUAGAUGGGGGAGGAGGAGAGAGUGCGGUAGAUGCUUCGCAAGCGUACUAUCACUUUAAACUAAUUUACGCACAAGUCACCGUGCCUGCUCUCACCCUACUGUGGAGCGCACGGUGGACAUAGUCGAAAUGGACGUUGAACUGUCAAGUUUAAGGCAAAAUUCCCUACCACUGUGCCACAGCUCCAUUGUUUUGAAGAAGGAGACACGAUCUUUGGGACAUGAGCUUUUUUGACCUGAUGUUUCAGAUUCCUGCUCGAACCCAUAAUCAGAGACAAAAGCACCAAUACCACAGACCGAAGUUCUGGGCCCAGUAUGUGGAUGAUACCUUCAUCGUUAUGGACCGUGAUCAACUGCUGACAUUCAACGAACAUCUGAAUGCGGUCUUCCCGGACAUGCAAUUUACGAUGGAGGAGGAAGAGAACAACCAGCUGGCCUUCCUGGAUGUCCUUAUAUGCCGCAAAGAUUUUGGUGGAAUAAAAAGCAAAGUGUUCAGGAAAGUGACAGAUACGAUGCAAGUACUGAACUUCAAUAACAACCUUCAAAUCAACCACAAACACAGUUGUGUAAGGACACUCUAUCGGCCUGUUGAAACGCACUUCAGUGAGCCGGAAGACAAGAUUGCCGAGCAACAAUACCUCCGAAGAGUCUUCAAAGCUAAUGGCUACCCGCGCAACUUCGUCAACCGGUGCAUACGAAAAGGGACGAAAGGCCUAACCGCACGGACAUCAAAUUUUGGCGGGCGCUUCCGUACGUCAUGAACGUUUCGGAAGUUGUCGGCUGCCUUCUCGCACCACUUGGAGUUGCACAUAAACCGGAGGCAACCAUCAGGCGUCAGUUAAUGAAACCAAAAGACCCACUGCCACGGCAAGAAACGUCUGGAGUCGUUUAUCGGAUCUGGUGCAGUUGCGGACAAAACAACUACGUCGGAGAAACUGGAAGACAGCUCCGAACACGCUGCAGCGGUACGGAGAAAUGACGCUAGCUCUCAAGUUGCGGCUCAUUCGACGAGAUCCGGCCACGCAUUGAAAUUUUACGAGGCUGGAAUUCUUGCAAGAGGUGAUAACCGCGUGUGUCGGGAACUGUUUGAGUCAUGGUUUACUGGUCCCCAGCUCAUUACCAAGUGCAAUGACCUUCCCCUUCCAUCCACGGUGCUGAGACUUCGCCUAGGCGGAGUAAUUAGCCAACCGGGGAACGCACAUGUGAACACUUUUCCUAACGCCAGGGUCGGUGGAUCAGAUGGUCGAGCAAUUAUCACGCCAACGUACAACGCACGUGAUGAAAUUGCAGCAAUUAACGACGUGAAUGUCGGCCAUCAGAUUGUCAGCACACCAAGUGCAACGAUCCUUGAUGAAAGGGGGAGUCGUGAAUAUUCAUAGGUAUGUGGUAGGGUGACGACUGCAUUCUAUAAAUGCUGCAGCCCCUUGUGCAUGAACUACCCGUAUUUUCUUUUGUCUCUGAUGAUGGGUUCGAGCAGAAAUCCGAAACGUCAGGCUAAUAAAGUUCUUGUUCCAGCGGUCGUGUCUCCUUCAAGACUGCUUCCUAGGACUUGUCUCUUCGCCUCUAUUGGCUCCAUUGUUUGUUGACUGCAAUCUGUGCUGAUCACUGCUUAUGAACUAUUAACUUGGUCAUUCUCCGAGAGUCUUCGUCUAGGUCCCCGGGUUAACACCGAUGAUCGUCCUUGACAAUCAACCACCAUAUUCGGUAACAGUGCCAUCAAACGGAAUUACUCGGGAACCACUUCCCUUAAACUCAUGAGAAACAUGAGCGUUAUUGGACUUCCCAGUCCACGAGUUCCGGCCUAACUGCACCCCUCCCUGUCUCUUAGUAUCGGUGAGUCAUUUGAAAUCUGUCCAAGAUUUUGAAGUACGAGGUUAGUGGACGGGUAAAGGCUACCUGACAGACAAUUUUCAACACUUUCUGUAGGGUAUCCCGUUGACAUUAGUGUCACAUGGUGACAGCUCUUCUCGGCAGCAAUUAUGUUUUCGGUGAAAACCAAAGAACUGGGGGAACACGCUGUCCGAAAAAUUUGUGCAAAUGGGCAGACUCCAACCGCCCGACGGCAACCCAUCGGGCUGUCUUAUUUCCCCUGUAGCUUGCAUUAGAAUCGAGUUCAAAAAGAAGUCUUGUCAGCAUUUCUUCUCGUUUUGCAGGGUCCUUGAACUAAGAACGGCCGAAAAAAAGCGCCUAGAGGAGUGCUUUGGUCCCACCGGCCUUGGCAAUGUCAUCACCGCGAAUGUGACUGUGCUCCGAGGUGGUGUGCAGACCAACGUUGUGCCCGCCAGUGUCUAUGCAGAAGUGGACUUUCGUCUGCCGCCUACAAUUGACUUCAAGGAAUUCGAGACGCGUCUACACGCCUGGGCCGCUGAAGCUGGCAGCGGUGUGGAAGUAGGUGUUACCUAGGCCCCUUUUCUCUCACCUCUUUGAUGUGUAUUUUAACCCGUAAGGCACUCAACAAGCAAACAAAUGACUAACAGAUGAACGGUCUCCCAGGGUAGCUCGGGGAUUUUAGUUCACGGCUUAUGAUGCCUUAACCAGUCCAGUCUCCAUUCCGGGGAGCGUUUUCCAAACUAAAGGCAAAGAGAAUUAGAGGCUGGAGGGCAAACGCUUUUUCCCAUGUGCUAGUCUUGCAUGUUUAAAUCGAAGUCCACCCCACGUGUCUAUAGACCGCGUCGGUUAUGCCGAUAGCAACCGAUGGUGCUUGGGCGUACUCUGAUCAUAGAGAUGGCAAAAAAGAUACUAAUCGCAGCAAAAAGAAUUAGGGUAGUUAGCGCGGUGGUGGCGGCGGCGGUGGUGGUGGUAGCAGAGGAUUGCGGAAGGGUAACGGUGACGAUGACAGUGCUAAUGGAGGAUAAGCCUGGUGAUAAUGUAUGAAUCGGUAAUUUAUAUGGUAACGAGUUUUGGGUCUCAGAGAGUUGAACGCGUCACUGGGUCAUGGUCCGUGCAGAUCUAUGAAAAUCAUACUUGCCUCCUGAACCCAUAUCGCUAAGUAGGCUUAUUACGCACCUACCUGUCCAAGCCUUAUCGCCGUGCUUGCUAAAUCGCGGUUUUCGUCUUCAAUCACAAAUACCAUGCGCUUCUUUUCUUAAGUUCGCUUGCGCAGUUUGCUUCGUAGCCUCCAAUACCACGAUGUUAGUUCAGAUAUGCAAUUAUUCGUCUUUAGUCAUUUCUCCUAGACUCAAAACAAGACCGGGACUCGAUUAGCAACCGCGUUGCUUAUAAGAGUCUACGCACAUUAAUAAGCGUGUUAACUAUCAGCCGCACUCACAUUUGCUAGUGAGUUCGAACUUUUCGAUUUUGCCGAUCUUGGCUAUGGGGAAAUCGGCUUGUGUGUGACCUAUUUUCUUACCUGCCGUUCAGCUCCAAUUCCUCCAGCAAGACAUGGGGACUUCCGGCCAUGGAGGCCUGAAGGCCGGAGUCGAUGACAGCAACCCCUGGUGGUCCGUCCUCAAACGGGUUCUCACCACCCACGGUGCGGGACUUAAGAUUGAGAUAUUUCCUGGCGCGACGGAUGCCCGUUUCCUAAGACGUUAUCAUCGCCUUGCCGCCGGGGUAGACGGUGAUGCGGACAGCCCCCACCGGACACCUAUUCAGGCCAUCAACUUUUCACCCAUGCGGAAUACACCCGUCCUUCUGCACAGCCAUGACGAAUUUUUAAGCAAGGAUGAAUUUUUGCGUGGUCUCGCUCUCUACACAGACCUUGUUCGUGAACUUUCCUCGCUUCCUUGA